CCUUUGAUCUGUCCCUUUUAGCUUUGUUAUUCUUUAGCCGAUCCUACGUUGUCCAUCUUUACUGGACAACAGCUCUCUCUCCCUUAUGGCUCCAGCCUAUCUGAACCCACCAUCUUCUCCAUGCCCUCUUGUAGAUCAAAGAGAAGAUCAACACGAUGACCUAAAACUCUCUAUCUCAACACAUACUAUUCAAGCUUCAUCUUCUCUCUCAACAUCAUCCUGUCCUACUUUCUUUGACAGGAUCAAAGAUGAAAUAGGGAGUAUAUUUGAAGAUCAGUCACAAGAACAUGAUGAAAAGAAGUCUGUGGAGGAAGAUGGUAACAUUAAUCCCCAUAAAUUAUCCUUAUGUCAAAGGGAGGAGGAAUAUGGAGAUCAAAGUAAAAAUACUGCUCAUGAUGGUCCUGUACAGUACUCAUGUAUGUCCUCAAAGAAGAGGUGGAUGCAAAAAAUGAUGGACCCAAAUUGCCCAGCUGCAAAUAAUAAGCCAGUGAGAAUUAUUUAUAAGAAGUUCCAAAAUAAUCUGCAGAAUGGUGAUUCUGAUCAACUCAGCUCACCUAACUGCAGCAGCAACAGUACAAAUUCCAACGCUCGGGUUUGCGCCGACUGUAACACCACCACCACCCCUCUUUGGAGGGGUGGCCCUCGAGGUCCUAAGUCACUUUGCAAUGCCUGUGGCAUUCGGCAGAGGAAGGCCAGACGGGCCAUGGCAGAAGCUGCAGCAGCUGCAAAUGGCAUGGGAGUUGCUCCAGAUAUCUCAUCGAAGAAGAAGAAGAAGAUCAAUAAGUUGCACAAGAAGGAAAAUAAAUCGGGUACAAAAAAUCUGCGUGCUGCACAAUACAAGAAGAAUAAGUACUGCAAGUUCAAGUGCCCCUCUCACAGUGAGAUGAUGAGCGUGAGGAAGCAGCUUUCUUUCAAGGAUUUCGCUCUAAGUUUGAGAAACAGUUCAGCUGAUCUUGGACGAGUGUUUCCACAGGACGAGGCAGAAGCUGCAGCAAUCUUGCUAAUGGAACUAUCUUGUGGCGCCCUUGUUCACAGUUAAUUUAUACUUUUUUUCCAUUAAAUUCUUCUUGAUCUUUGAGGAAGUUUAUUAUAUCUGUU